GUGAUGUUGAUUAGUAGCAUUGCUUAAAUGAAGUCAGUUGAUGUAUUGCAUUUCCCACAAUUUACCUCUAGCAGAUGAUUAUUUAAUUGCAGUAUGCCAUGAAAGGGUUAAUGAGGCGAGGGGUAUCAGAAUGCCAAGAAGCAGGUUUACACAGGGGGAUUCCAUGUGCCGGUUGUACUUUGGGGGGGGGGGGCUCUGGGCUGUUCCAUGAAUGGUUAGCAUGCAGCGUUGGUGAUGGAGCCUCGGUCCCCGGGGGGCUGUGGAUUCUGUAUGAUGUAACUUGCUCCCUGCAGCUCAUUCACAUCUGCUUGGUAGCAGUAGGCAUGGAGCCAAAACUCCACCCCCUAUUUAGAUGAGGUCAUCCUGUCCCUAUUUUUUUUCCCUUCCAGAUACUACACAGUUUGCACUGAAUGAGCAGCCGCCUCAUAUCUAUUCCACAAGCUGAGUCUGUUGGCAGACCUUUACACCAGGCUAUUUCCCUGUGGAUCUUGCUGAUUCCUUCAGCAUCUUGUCACACUGAAGCCUCAUUACUGUUAUCCAGCACGCAGCAUCAGGACCACAACUCCUUCCGACUAUCAGCAUCAGCAUCUCUUGUGUUUAUCCAGUAUCUCCCAGUGCAAUCUGUGUAGUACAGAUCAACUAGCGGCAGCUGGACGAGGAGCCUGUAGAGGAAAAACAGCCCAGGAUUAUGCUCAGCAGCAUGUGCAGUAAGUGGACUGUAACCAGCCAGAGGAAGGGGCAUGUUUGGGGAUGCUGAGCUGACCUUACAUUCAGUAAAGGUCAUUGGUGUGCUAGGAGCAGAUGUGUUGCAGGGCAUUUUCUACAUUGGCACCGCCUGAACUCAUGAUAUUAAACUUGCCUCUGGAUCAGGACUGCAUCAUGUACUGUGGAGCGUAGCGGUCGCUCCUCAGGAUUUGCUGGAAACUCUGCUUGAAUUGCCCUCGUCUCCAGAUUUCCCCCAUGAGCCGCAGUGUGAGACAGAAACAGAUUUGCUGGGCAAGUUUAGGCAGUCAGAACCCCAAACCUGUUUGACUGGAGACUGUAGAAUGAAAACAGACCUGCAGACAUCAACCAAUUGCAGCAUUGACCACAAGGGAUCUCUACGCCUGGAGGAGCCAGAAGGAGCCGCUCACAUUCACAAUGGCCAAUGAACCAGUGAUACUAAAUGUCUAUGACAUGUACUGGAUCAACGAAUACACCUCAACCUUGGGAAUUGGAGUAUUUCAUUCAGGAAUUGAAAUCUAUGGGAGAGAAUUUGCCUAUGGAGGGCACCCUUAUCCAUUUAGUGGGAUUUUUGAAAUCACGCCAGGCAAUGCCGCAGAGCUUGGAGAAACAUUUAAAUUUAAGGAAGCUAUUGCCCUCGGGACCACAGAUUUCACAGAAGAAGACAUUGAUAACAUAAUGGAGGAGCUGGGGAAGGAAUACAAGGGAAAUGCCUAUCAUUUAAUGCACAAAAAUUGCAACCACUUUUCUGCAGUGUUGGCAGAGAUGCUGUGUGGGAAGGAAAUCCCAAGAUGGGUGAACCGCCUUGCCUAUUUCAGCUCCUGUAUCCCAUUCCUUCAGAGCUGCCUUCCCAAAGAGUGGCUGACCCCGGCUGCCUUGCAGAGUCACAUUAGCCUUGGACUCCAAAGAGAAGAUCAGGGGGACGCAACAGACGAUGACUCUCCAUCCACCUCUGGAGCCUGUGCAUCAACAGGAACGACUAGAACCUGUAGACACACUAGAGUCUAACUGAUAGAAUACAUCCCUAUGGACAAUCAGUUUUCAGAGAUUACUGUAAACCGUACAGCCUGACAAAAUCUUUUUAUUUUUAUUGAAGGGUUAACCCACUGUUGCUGCUCCGUAUUCUCCUUCUACUGAGUGGGAUUCUUUGUGCUGGCAAAGAGUUUUGCCAAUGGAUAAACACUAAAAACUUGGUAACUUUUUAGAUUCAUUAAAAAGUGCAUUCCAAAAAUA